AUGACGACCCCCGCCAUAUCGGACAAAGAGGUGGAGGCCAGUAUCUCGCUGCUGCAUAUGAUGCAGCCAGCAGAGAGCCCAGCGACCGACGCAGUUGCGAAAGGCCACGACUCGGCUCCUGCGACUAGGGACUCACUGCACGAAUCACUGAUGAAGGUGGUGGCCAAGCAGGCAUCGGACGAACUAUCUUUGCCUCGUAUAGCUGCACACAAGAAGCUCCACCAGCGCGGCGCGCGCCUGACUGCGCUGUCGCGUGAGCUCACGCUAGAGGAGCUGCGGCCUCACUUCGGCCGACCUAUCGUGGAAGUGGCGCGCGAGUUCGGUAUCUGCACCACUUUCCUAAAGAAGAUCUGCCGCCGCUGUGGCAUCAAGCGCUGGCCGCACCGACAGAUCCGGUCACUGAACCGCACGAUUCAAAUGUUGGAGCAAGUGGAAGCCAUGUCGACCAACCCAAUCGACAAGGCCCGGUACGCGACCCAGAUCGAAGAGCUCAGGGAGAAGCAGCGCGCUGUGCUGGAGGACCCGGAUGCCAAUGGUAAGUUGAAGCGAAUGAAGAGGUACACAGUUCCUAAGGGUGCUACUGACCCAUCGUCAACGCCUCUUGGUCAGAACAGUGAAUCUCUCACUCAGCUCCUGACGACAACGGCUGACGGUGCUGCGAACGCGACGAACUUGUCCGCGCUUGCUGUUGCAGUGGACUCUUUCAUUAGCAACCCAGCUGCUAAAACUAGUACGCUCACACUGGAGAGUGACCAUCAGGAAUUGUCUCCGUUGGGCGUGCAGAUCCCCUCCUCGACGUUGUCAGCUGACCCAGCACCGCCCGCGUUGACUACGCCGUUGCAUGCUGCCGCCUCAAACCCGGCACCGCUAGUUUUGAGGAUUUCCCCGAACAAUCACAAGCUGAUGGUAGUGAAGAGCGAUGCGGAAAUUCGACUCCGCAGUUGUUCCAUUGGCUCGCUGCAAGAUAAGUCAUCAACGCAGCAGGACUCGUAG